AUGCCCAACGACAACGACUACAUCCUCACGCUCUCGUGUCCCGACAAGCCGGGCAUCAUCCACGCGGUGACGGCCGUCUUCGCGUCGCACGGCCACAAUGUCCUCGACCUGCAGCAGUUCAGCGACCCCGUGUCGCGGCGCUUCUUUAUGCGCGUGCACUUUGGCCCCAAGGCCAGCUCCGGCUCCGGCUCCGACGCCGACUCGGUCUCGCCCGCGACGGAGCACCUCGCCCGGCCGUUUGCCGCCCUGGCCGCCGAGUACGACAUGACGUACGACAUCCGCCCCGUGGCCCAGAAGGUGAGGGUGCUCAUCAUGGUGUCCAAGAUUGGCCACUGCCUCAACGACCUCCUGUUCCGCACCAAGACGGGCCAGCUCCGGGUCGAGGUGCCCGUCAUCGUGUCCAACCACACCGACCACGAGCCGCUCGCCCGCUCGUACGGCAUCGAGUUCCACCACCUCCCCGUGACGGGGGACACCAAGGCCCAGCAGGAGGCGCAGGUGCUCGAGCUCGUGGCCCGGCACGGCAUCGAGCUCGUCGUGCUCGCGCGCUACAUGCAGGUGCUGUCGCCGGCGCUCUGCGAGGCCAUGUCGGGCCGCAUCAUCAACAUCCACCACAGCUUCCUGCCGUCCUUCAAGGGCGCCAGGCCGUACCACCAGGCCUACGAGCGGGGCGUCAAGAUUAUCGGCGCCACGGCGCACUUUGUCACGGCGGACCUGGACGAGGGGCCCAUCAUUGAGCAGCGCGUAGCGCGCGUCGACCACAGCAUGGACCCCAAGGAGCUGGUGGAGGAGGGGUCCAACGUCGAGAGCCAGGUCCUGGCUGCGGCCGUGCGGUGGUACGCCGACCGGAGGGUGUUUUUGAACGGCUCCAAGACGGUCGUGUUUGGGUGA